AUUUAUCAAUAUGAGUGAUCAAUAUAAAAAUGACAUUGAUCGAAUUUAGAAACUAAUUGUAUCUAUCAAAACUGAUAUCAAUAAAAGAGAAUAAAAAAAGAAAGCAGGCUAAUAAUUUACAAUAAUUGAGGGGGAAAUUAGAGGACAAUUAACAAACUUAGGUAAUUAUUACCUCUAAUAUUUAUAAAGAUCGUGAAUUAUUGUUAUUAGGAGAUCUGAUCAAACUUUAAGAAACUAACUUAAUGUAGAAAGAAUAAGAGAAACGUAGAAAUUAAUUAUAAGAGUUUAAGAAUUAAAGAGACAUCAUAUCAGAUUAAUUCAAAAAAGCUGUUCUUGAAACAAAAUAAGAGUAAUAAGCUGCACCAAAACAUAUGGCUGAAUUAAGUAAUAUGUCUAAUAGAGAACUUUUCAAAAAUUAAAAAGAUCUAUAAUAAGAAUAAGAAAAAUUAUUGGAUUAAACUAAUGAACAAGUAAAUUUUUCUAUUUUUCUUAAAGGCUAUGAAUUUAAAGUACUCAGGAUAGAAUAUUAAUCAAACCAUAAAUUAACAAAUAACAGAUCUCAAUAAAUUAAAUGAUGAUGUGGACAAAACCAAUAAAAAUAUGACAUUCGUCAAUUCCAAAUUUACAUCAAUUAUCUAAAAGUCUUCAAACUGCUGGCUAAUUAUAAUAAUUGUUGUUGAAAUUAUUUUACUCCUCUGUUUUAUCCUCUUCCUCUGAAAUGUGAG